AUGCGAGAAAAAAAACUUGAUUCAACGAAGAGAUAUUGGGGUGGGCGGGGUUUCGUCAAAGUAGUGAAAAACAAGCAGUACUUCAAGCGUUUCCAAGUUAAAUUCAAGAGGCGUCGUGAGGGUAAAACCGACUACUAUGCCCGUAAGCGCUUAACCAUCCAAGACAAGAACAAGUACAACACCCCCAAGUACCGUUUGAUCGUUCGUUUCUCGAACAAGAACAUUACUUGCCAGGUCGCGUACUCCAGAAUUGAGGGAGACAGAAUCGUAUGCGCUGCUUACAGCCACGAACUCCCCAAGUACGGAGUGAAGGUUGGACUUACCAACUAUGCCGCUGCUUACUGCACUGGUCUUCUCCUCGCCAGAAGACUGUUGAAGCAAUUGGGCUUGGACAAACUCUACACCGGAAUCUCUGAAGUAACCGGUGACGAGUACAACGUAGAAGAGUUGGACAAUGGACCAGGAGCGUUCAGAUGUUACUUGGACACCGGAUUAAUGCGUACCACCACUGGAGCACGUGUUUUCGGCGCCAUGAAGGGUGCUGUUGACGGAGGUCUUAACAUUCCCCACAGCACUAAGAGAUUCCCUGGAUACGACAAUGAAUCCAAGUCAUUCAACGCUGACGUUCACCGUCAACACAUCUUCGCCCAGCACAUUGCUAACUACAUGAAGCAGUUGGAAGAAGAAGACGAGGAAGCUUACAAGCGUCAAUUCUCUCAGUACAUCAAGAACGGAAUCGCCGCUGAUGCUAUUGAAGACAUCUACAAGAAGGCCCACGCUGCAAUUCGCGCCAACCCAGAAUUCACAGCUACAGAGAGGACCAAGGAGCCAGUUAAGAAACGCUGGAACCGCGCUAAGAUGUCGCUUUCUGAACGCAAGAACCGCGUUAAUCAAAAGAAAGCAUCUUUCAUCAAAAAAUUGGAGGAGGCCGAAGCUUAA